CGUUAGCUUUGAGAUAGUCUACAUCAUGAGGGUUCUGGUAGUAUGUGGAUGAUUGGGUGAUGAGUCUGCAUAGGAUGCACUGUUGUCAGGGAGAAGUGCAAGUCACCUUCACGCGGUUGGCCCAGAAGCCCAUAUCUAACACAGACGAUCACAGAACUACACCAACCACGGACGGCGGUACCGAAACAAGGUCCAUUAUGUCUUGUCACUAAAUCAACGGUCCAGCCGCGAAGAUAGAGCACAGACCGUUGUUUAUUAGCAUCGUUGGCGUGAAUGAGAAUUUGCAGAAUCGUCGAGGUGGAUGACAAAGCCGAUGAUGAUGGGUGUAUCGCUCCGCUAAAUAGAUUUAAUGAGCCUCUGAAUGCAUUAACCCCGUCACUGGCGGGCGCACAAUCAGAGCAGGACAUCUCGGCGUGUCCUCUUCGGAGUCGGACCGGAGCGCCUGUGAGGUUUCGCUGAAGGCUUUGCAGCUCAGCCAUGGCUCUGGUGACUCUGCAGCGCUCCCCUACACCCAGCGCGGCAUCCUCAGCCAGCACCAACGCGGGGGAGGAUUUAGGCAGUGAUGAUGACCGAAAAGCAAACCUAAGCCUCAGUGAAAGUUUCUUCAUGGUAAAAGGGGCAGCUCUCUUUUUACAACAAGGGAACAGUGCACAAGGGCCCAGAACACCCACCCAUCAUAAAAAUGCAGGUGAUCUACCACAGCACCUACAAGUAAUGAUAAACACCCUCCGUUCUGAGGAUAGAAUUAAAUUAGUUGUAAGGUUAGAAAGUGGAUGGACAGACCAUGUGCGCUACAUGGUGGUUGUCUACACAAACGGGUGUCAAGACACGGAAGAAAACAUGCUGCUUGGGAUGGAUUUCACAGAUAAGGACAGUAAAAGUUGCUCUAUUGGGAUGACUCUUCCGCUUUGGAGUGAUACCAAGAUUCACUUGGAUGGAGAUGGAGGUUUCAGUGUAAGCACAGCAGGAAGACUGCAUGUUUUUAAGCCAGUGUCAGUCCAGGCCAUGUGGUCUGCCCUCCAGAUGUUGCACAAAGCAUGUGAGGUGUCCCGUAGAUACAACUAUUUCCCUGGAGGGAUGGCCCUUACAUGGGUUGGCUAUUAUGAGAGCUGCAUCUCUUCAGAGCAAAGCUGUAUCAAUGAGUGGAAUGCCAUGACAGAUCUAGAGACCACCCGGCCUGACUCCCCAGUCAUGUUUUCUGAUCAGCCAACAGAGAGAGAGAGAACAGAAUGUAUGAUCAAAGCCAAACUCCGAAACAUAAUGAUGUUUCAGGACCUGGAAAAUAUUACUUCUAAGGAGAUCCGAAAUGAGCUGGAACAACAUAUGAGUUGCAACCUGAGGGAGUAUAAAGAGUUUAUUGACAAUGAGAUGCUGCUUAUCCUCGGCCAGAUGGACAAGGCUACGCUCAUAUUUGACCAUCUGUACCUGGGCUCAGAAUGGAACGCAUCCAACUUGGAGGAGCUUCAAGACUCUGGGGUGGGGUAUAUCCUCAAUGUCACAAGAGAGAUUGACAACUUUUUCCCAGGUACCUUUUGUUAUUGUAACAUCCGUGUUUAUGAUGAUGAGACUACAGAUCUGCUGGCGCACUGGAACGAAACCUACAACUUCAUAGUUAGAGCCAAGAAAAACAACUCUAAAUGCCUAGUACAUUGCAAGAUGGGAGUGAGUCGCUCUGCAUCCACUGUCAUUGCUUAUGCUAUGAAGGAGUAUGGAUGGUCACUUGAAAAGGCACACAGUUUUGUUAAACAGAAAAGGAAUAUAGCACAACCCAAUCCAGCUUUUAUGAAACAACUGGCUGAGUACGAGGGGAUUUUAGAUGCCAGCAAGCAGAGACACAACAAACUCUGGCAACCAGAUGGUGAUGAGUAUUCGCUGGAGGGCCUUCAGGCUUCAGCUGCCAGUGAUGACCAGACUCCACAAAUUUCGUCACUACACCCUGAUCAGGUGGAGAUGGCUUGGGGCCACGGAGGAGCAAGUGCUUCCUCCUGCUGCGGAGAAGAGCCAACAGACCAUCUGAAUUACAACUACUACUUCCGGCGACUCUCGGACACUGCUCUGGACAGCGAACCCUCCACGCCAGUUCGAGGUCCUCCGCUUUUAGGCAUGGAACGUGUCUUUAUUGAGAUUGAGGACGUGGAGAGGGAUGCGUUGUUGGACGAUGAGGGUUUCCCCAUGGCUCACUUGGCCCUUCCUGGGGAGGGGACAGCAGCCCAGACCUGCGGCCGACUGGAGCCCUUGGAGGACAUGCGCAUGCGGCUGGAGUUCAGCACGGUGGAGGAGGAGGAUGAGGAGGAAGCACAAAAGGAGGAGGCAGAGAUGGCUGCCUUAGCUCGUGGUGAGGAGACGCAGAGGGAAGACGGGAGCCUGGCUAGCUCGAACCGCUUUAACAACGAGAACGCCAACAACAGCAACAGGCUGGCCGGGAAACGCAGCUGCCCUUCUGGCUUUGACGACAGUGCUAGCAUUGGAAACCCCUACAAAGUGAAGCCCUCAUAUCAGUCGUGCCGAGACUGCCUGCGCCUGCCCAGCAGCCGCCGCUGCGAACGUCGCACCCAUCGCCUUAACCUGCCACGUCAUGCUGGCCUUCCCAGUCUCUCCAUCAAGGCCCCCGGAGGACACAAAUUCAGUCCCGCCUCCGACAAAAAGGUGCCUCCUCCUGCCUCUCGGCAUCACUUGAGCAGCGGGCACUGCCAUUGCUCCAGUCGGUCCAACUCGGACACUUACCUCAAGCAACCAAGGUGCGAAGACCUUCCUCAGGAUUUGCGUUUUUCCUUGGAGACUGAGGACAAAAUGGAGGGGGAGGACGAGGGGAGCUUCAGCAGUACUGUGACCGAGCUCACUCUCCUGAGGCUGAGUCUGGGUGGUGAGAGGCCUAUGGCGGAGCUCAGUCAGGGGGCCCAGCCGGAGACACAGCUGGUGCACCAUAGACUGGCGCAACUGUCCGGUCCUCAGUCAGAACAGAUGGACUUGAGUGUAGAGGACACUGCCAUGGAGGACAUGGAAGUGGAUGAGGGGAGCUUUCACAACUUGCCCCCUGGCUCCAGUGAAUUCCAGAGAACACUUGCACCGGGCUCAUCCCUGAUGCGCAGCUCCAGCAGCGACAGUCUUCAGAGAAUUCGGAGAGGCCAGCCGGGCUUGGUACGCCAGAGAGCCCAAGAGAUUGAGACCCGUGUUCGGCUCGCCGGACUGACCGUGUCCUCCCAACUUAAAAGGUCUAAUUCGCUGGCAAAGCUAGGUGACUUGGCCAUUUCCACAGAGGACCUCACGCUUUCUGCCACAGUCUCAAUUGACUAUGAGGAGCAAGAGCCUUCACUUUGCUGGGAAACCUCUUGCUCUCCCAAGCUCUCUUUAACUCCAACUCUGUUGCAGAGUUUGAAAAGCUGACUCAGCGAUGUCAGAACUGCUUUCUCAGUGAAUGGGACUGCUCCAGUCCCACAGCCAUUGAAAGCAACCGUGGAGGCUGAAGCUGCAAGACUCCUCAUGAGAACAAUCAGGCCAGGCUUGGACAUCCUUCCAGCAGCCCUUUACAUAACUGCACUGCAUUCUUCAUGUGUCUGUCUGCUUUAACUAAGAUAUAUAUUAAAGCAUGCUCUGGCUUGGACAUUCAUUAACGGCUUUGUUGAUAUUGCAUUUCUUUGUCUUGCUAAAGGAAGCCCAACCUAUUAUAGGUCUACAGGUGGCAUAAUAAAGACCUGGUUAAAUAAAAAAUAAUAAUUUAAGCCCAUUUUAAUGCCAACUAGUAGGUAUUAUUUCCAACAACAAUAUUGAUGAAAUUUUGCCUCCCAGUUUGACCACCAGCAAAUGUAUGGGCUAUUGCAGAUAAGCCAAUUGAGAUGAUUAUUUACGAGUAAGAAAUUUUCAGAUGUAGAUACUGAUGCAUGACCAUGAUAACAUUUUAGCAAUGGCUUUAUUAAAACAAGAUACAAAAUUUUGCCCAACGUAAUGAAUAUUUUAAACUUUGUUGUUCACUUGAGCUUUUGUCUUUAAAAGCAGCACAAACCUUUGUGAAAAAAUUGUCGUCAAAAUGGAAAGUUUAGUCUGAAAUUUGUGAAUGUCACUGUGUCAUUCCAACCUGAUCCUUAAAUGUUGCCGUUUGCAAAAAUGACAUCAACAAAGCCAUAUAAUUAUUGUCUAUUUCCAGAGAAGAAUGCAACAUGAAUGUCGUUGGCUAUUCGUCUUACAAUUCUCUAAUUUGCUUCUCAGCUGGUGUUUAUCAGAUCAACUACAUCUGAAAUAUGCUACAAGGGCAUAGCUCCUGUUAUGUAAUUUAGCUUAAGCUGUUUAUUGUACAAAUUGUAGCCUGUGAUGUGCAAAAAGGCUUUAGCAGCAACACAUUAGUACAAUACAGUUUGAUACAAGUUGAUCGGAGGAUGUUCAAAUGUGUCACUAUCGUCCUUUAAAAGGUCCUUUUAAAGUGUCUCCUAUACAAAAUGACAUCAUGGCAUCUGAAAAUAACAGUAAAGUGCGUUAAGUAUUCACAGGUACGAACAGUGCAUUAUCUUAUGAUAUUGUGGCCAUAGGGACUUUACUACCAUGAUGGUGUCUGAUAUGUGUAACACAAAGUUUGAUAAAUUCACUGGCAUAACUAGUAGGUUUGUAUUGGUUAAACUUGACCUUAUUUUUUUUUCAUAUAUAUGUAAUUUAAUAAUUGUCAUUUAAACUGUUAUUUAUCUUUGUUGUCUAUUAAGCUUUUUUCUCACUUUUUUGUGGAAAAAAAUUUAAAUAUGCAAAGUGGCCUGUGCAAUAAGUGUAAGCAAGAAUUUAAUGAGAAUAAUUUUUAUUUAGUAACUAGUUUUCAUUUAGAAGAACGGAAAUCAGAUGCGAGAGAAAAGCACCUUAAGUGAGUUUUGAGUGAAAGCUUUUUUUCCCAUAUGGUCCACAUUUCACCCGUAUUUUAAUGAGGACAUUCCAAUUUCAAACUGUAUAGGUUUCGGGAGGCAUUACUGCAAAUCAAAAUUAUUACGAUUGCCAAAAAGGAUGGCCUCCCAUAAAAGACUAAAGUUGUAGUUUUGUUUUCCGCUCAUGGCUCAUACCUCCUCCCAGCUGCUGCUGAUCUGAGUACAAGACAUUUCAUUUCUUCAGACAUGCAAGUGCCUUACCUGUUGCCAUUUGCAAUCAAACAGUUCUUCGGUACAAACCGCUUGUUUCACAGAGGUUUUGUCUUCACCUGGUUGCGGUCUUUAUAGUGCAACGUUUAUUUGUGGCUUAUUUUUGGGCUUGUUUGUCUUUUCAUUUUGAUACUACAUUUCAUAUUUGAAUAGAAGAGACCAAAGUCAUUUAUUUAUUGUCAUGUUUUGACAUGUUUGAACACACUAAGCUAAUAAUAAAAUCAACUGGACAAACUGUAAGAUUGCCUUUAGCCCUAACUUAACGGCUCUUAAAAGAGACUGGGAACAUACAUCAGAUAUUGUACUUAAUUUUGACCAUUUUAAGUUGUGUUGCACUAUGUUUUAAAAUGUAAUGUUCAGUUAAUAAAUUGUUUAUUGUCUGCA